UCACGUGCGCCUCCGUUGAUGACGAGCCGAGUCGAACUUUUGUUUUGGUUGCUGCUGCGUUCGUUCGUUUACCAGAAACUAAACCCAGACACGGCACAUCUUCGGGUUGUGCAAAAUAGUGAUUGAAAAUUGAAUAAAAAAUUGAAUUUAAUUAGUAAAAGUUGAGUCGCAAGUAUAAACCAUUCAUCAGGAUUCGCUGCGAUUGAAUCGUGCAUGAAAACACGAAACAUCCAGAAUGAACAAGUCCAAACGGGAACCGAAUGUGCGCAAUCCAGGUUCAUACUCGAAAUCGGGUAAACCAUUCAACCGUCGAAAUAGGAAAAGUGGCAAGGCAGGAAAGGGACAGGCUUCUCCACCGGAUGAGGAAUCAACUGAUCUCAAGCUCAAACGGAUGACCAACGGUGGUGUAGUUAAUCGAACCAAUCAGAUGAAAUCGAAACAGAAGGUAGGUGGCAUGAAGCCAAAUGAGCAAAUGCCCCGAAAAGACUUGGUACAGAAACCCGAUCGGAAUGCACCUAAACCGGUGAAAUCACAACCAGCGCCACCACCCAAGUCAAACAGUAACAAACAGAAGCGGAAAGCCCCAGACAGUAAUGGCGUCGGAACAAAAUCCAAGAAAGCAAAGAAACAUUCCCUUCCGGAAUCGGACAGUGAUGCCGACGACUACCUGGAUCAAUUUUUCGAAGAUGCUUCCGAUGACGAAGUGAAUGAUCCGGGAGUUCCUUCAUCGGAUGGUAAUAGUGAGGAGGAGGACGAUGAUGAUCUGACCGAAUCCAGCAGCGAAGACAGUGAUGACGACGACGAUGAAGAUGGCAAUCAGAUGUCUCUGGAAGAGCUAGUAGAAUAUUUUGGCCACCGGAAGGAUGAACGCGCCGCCAACAAACGAAAGCAAUCGAAAAAGGUACAGCCGCAGCCGCAGGGCAGCAACGGUUGGGUUGAAGAGGAUAAUGACGUAGAACUGGUAUACAAGGAUUCCGACGAUGAGGUGGAUGUCAGCUCGCGAGCUUUGGUACCGGUUGGGGAUGUUCGGACUGUGGAGUACGUUAACGACACCGAUGACGAUGAUGACGAGGAUGAGUCUACGGAGGAGGAGUACGAGGAUGAAGAUGAUGAUGAACCAUUCGACCUUGAAGCUUAUAUGCGAGGAGAACUGGACUUUGGAGAAGACACGGAUUCUAGUGAUGACGACGACGAUGAUGGUGAGAAUGAAUUCACGAAUAGUGACUCCUUUGAGGAAGACUCUGAAGCGGAAUAUUCUGAAGAUUCGUUUGCUGAAGAGGAGGAGGAAGAGGAGGAAUCCGAAUUAGAUGAUCAUGAGUUUUCCUCUGACUAUGAUUCCGAUGAAGACGAUUCGGAUGACGACGACAGUGAUCUCCCUUCCUACUGGGACGAAUCGUACGACAGCGAGGACGACGAGGAUUACGUGGCUGAAGAAGAUGACGAUCUGUAUAUCUGUCGGGGCACUGCGCGGGUGUAUAACAUCGACGAGAACGAGGUGUCUUUCAACAGCGAUGUGGAAACGGCUCAAAUAGUGGAAUUGCCGUUGGAUGAUAGGAGAAGAGGAUCGGCUGGCGAAAGUCAAGAUGAUGAUAUUAAUGAUGGGGGAUGUCCGAUAUUGGUUCCCAUCUACGACGCUCAAGGGAAUCUGAUAGACAGACCUGAAAAGCUGAAAAAGCUGAGAUUGAAUGACGCGAAGAACCCGGAUGUCGUCAGGACCGCUGCAACAGAAGAAGUCGUAGAUAAUGAAAUGGAGGAGGAAGUUGAGCAAAGCAGCGUGAAUCAAUCCAGUUAUCGGUUCUACGACGCGAUCGAUAUGCGGCUCUCGCUUCUGGUGUUGAAGAAUACACUCUACUUCAGUGGACAUCUUACCAUUCAGCCUCUGGUGGGCGGACUGGAAGUGAUGGGUUACAAUCUGAGUCCCGGUGAAUGUCGAAGCGCAUUUGCUGUCCGUGGGUUCCAUAGUCUGAAUUUGACUCCUCGGCCUCAGAGUGCUCCUAGUUCAAAGGAUGCGAUGGGGAAAGUUAUGGCUCGGUUGGAGAAACACUUCCACGAUGCGGACUUGAAAGAUCUCCUGAAAACCUUCGAUUCUUCAGACUCGGUUUUGGUCCUGCUACAAGCGGAUAGCAACAAUAAACGGAUAGAUACCGUUGAUAAGUACCUAUCGGAAGAUUUCCUGUUCCCGAAAGUGGAGUACAUGAAAAAGAGCGAAUUUUACAGAACUGAAUACCUGUUGAAUGCGGAGUUCUUCUCAGAGCACGUUGACAAGGGGACUUCACUGUACCGACCGGAUCCAGAAUGGGAUAAAAUAGUUGCAAAAAAUAACAGCAGAAUAGUGGUUAUAGGAGGAAAAGGAUCCGGUAAAUCUACUCUGUGCCAAUACCUCAUCAACAAAAACGUCGAAAAGUUUAAGAAGGUGGUUCUGAUCGAUCUGGACAUUGGUCAACCGAUUCAGCACGUUCCGGAAACGAUAAGCGUAACCAUAGUCGAUAAACCUUUUCUCGGAGUAGCCACGCUCAACCCAAUCCCACCGGUCAAAAGUUGGCUCUUCGGAAGCCUGGACAUUGUGUCUUCCCUCAUCUUCUACACCCAAAACGUCCGUCAGCUGCUUCGGUACUGCGAACAGCACAAAUCUGAAUUCGGAAACGUCCCUUGGAUCGUCAACACCAUGGGCUACGUGUCGGAUUUCGGCGAAGAGCUGAUGACCACGAUUCUUCGGAUGCUGUCGCCGACGGAUGUGGUCCAACUCGUAUCCACCGACAAACUCCAUGCCAUCCCCAAUUACCAGAAUCGAUUUACUUCCGAAUUCAUCAAUCGGUACAGCCACAAUAUCCUCCGGAGCGAAGUCCAGGAAUACAUCAAACGAAAGGCAUCAUUCAAGCACUACGAACUGAACGUGUGCUAUCCGAAGAAGGGCUUCACGCUGAACGCUCCCAAGCGGCGGAAUAUGAUGCUGCUCGCCCACCUGGCGGACAUCCUGCAGGAUUCCUCCAGCGAGUGGUUCAACGAGGUCAAACCAUUCUGCGCUCCGCUCGGUCAACUGCAGGUGCUCGUUACACGAGAGGAUCAGACCCUGGGCGAAGAUCAACUGCCAUCGGUGCUGAAUGCCACGCUGGUCUACCUGUGCCGGAAGGACGACGCCGGAUUGUACGAGUGCCUCGGAAUCGGUAUCGUGCGAGGUGUGGACAAGAACAACAACGUCUACCUGUUACAAUCACUGCCGGAUGCUCGGCUCGCGGAAGUGAACGUGUUGGCCAUCUGUAGCAGUAGCUUACCGAAUGCCGUGUUCCUACGGCAGAGUGCCCGAAUUCAGGGAACCAUUCCUUACGUGUACAACAUCGACUGAGGACGGUGAGAAAGGGAAAAAGAUCUUUUUCCUAUGUUGCGCUAUUGAGCAUCUGUACAUUUUGUUUGAAAAUUUAAUCGUAUUUAUGUUUGCUGUAAUAGUAGAUUAAAAUCAAGUUGAUUCAAUAAUAUACGCUUCGCGGGCGUUGAAGAAUGUA